AACCCCUUCUCUGUCGUCAACGCUAGCCUUCUCCGCUAGCGUUGUGAGCCCAGGAAGUCGAUUGCCUUGCCUGAAACAGAAGUUGCAGCCAUUAACUAACAAGACCAGACAAUAUACUUCAAAAUAUCUGGCACAUUGGAAAACUAUUGACAUUUUAUUACAACAGAAGACAUCUCGAACAUCGGGCAGCUGAAGAACUCAACGCGUUUAUUUCAAACUGACCCCGGGACGUUGAGGAGACUUCCAAAUCGAAACUUGUCCUGCCAGGUCAAGCUACGCAGCUAGUAAACAUUAGCAAACUCAAGUAAAAAAUUAACUGGUGAGCUAGCAGGCCACACUGAAGGACUUAAGGAUUUUGGGACGCUGUUGAAAACGAGUCCAGUGUCACUUGGAACAUAAUGGCAGACGACUUUGAUAUAGAGGCCAUGCUGGAAGCCCCUUACAGGAAGGAUGACGUCAAGUCCUCUAGUGCAAAUGGACACGAGGAGCGUAGCAAGAAGAAGCACCGGAGCAGGAGCAGAAGUGGCAGCCACGAGCGGCGCCGGAGUCGCAGCCGCGACCGCAAGAAGAAGAGGAGCCGCAGCCGUGACCGCCGGCGGUCCCGCAGCAAGGACAAGCGCCGUUCACGCAGCCGAGAGCGCCCCGGACGCUACCGCGCACGCCGGAGCCCCUUCUUUGGGGCGAAAUUUAACGGUGGUCCCGGAGGGAAGAGCGGCCCACCACAUGGCAAGCAAAGUCGCAGACGCUCACGAAGCAAAAGCCCUUUCAAGAAAGACAAAAGUCCCAUCAGGCAACCGAUAGACAACCUGUCGCCAGAGGAGAGAGAUGCUCGCACCGUCUUCUGCAUGCAGUUGGCAGCACGCAUACGUCCCAGGGACUUGGAAGACUUCUUUUCUGCUGUUGGCAAAGUUAGAGACGUGAGGAUGAUCUCAGACAGGAACUCCCGCCGGUCUAAGGGCAUCGCCUAUGUUGAGUUCCUGGACUCCACCUCAGUACCACUCGCUAUUGGGCUGACCGGCCAGAGACUACUGGGUGUGCCCAUCAUUGUGCAGGCCUCUCAGGCAGAGAAAAACAGGGCUGCUGCUGCUGCCAAUAACCUGCAGAAGGGCAGCGCCGGGCCCAUGCGCCUCUAUGUGGGCUCCCUCCACUUCAACAUCACAGAGGACAUGCUGAGGGGAAUCUUCGAGCCUUUCGGAAGGAUUGAGAGCAUCCAGCUGAUGAUGGACAGCGAGACUGGCCGCUCCAAAGGAUACGGGUUCAUCUCUUUUGCAGAUGCGGAGUGCGCCAAGAAGGCUCUGGAUCAGCUGAAUGGCUUUGAGCUUGCUGGUCGGCCCAUGAAGGUGGGUCACGUUACUGAGAGGACGGACGCGUCCACUGCCAGCUCGUUCCUGGACAACGACGAGCUUGAGCGCACAGGCAUCGAUCUGGGCACCACUGGACGCCUGCAACUCAUGGCUCGCCUUGCAGAAGGCACAGGUCUUCAAAUCCCUCCUGCCGCACAGCAGGCCCUGCAGAUGAGCGGGUCCAUCCCAUUCGGAAACCUCGCCGCAGUCCAAGAUUUACAAGCCAUGUUGAUACAGCCCCCAGAAGCAGCCGCAGCGGCCCCAGCACUCAACUUACCCAGCAUGAACCAGGCCAUGAACUUGCCCACGCAGCCCCUGGCCACUCACUGCCUUCAGCUCUCCAACAUGUUCAGCCCACAGGGUGAAAAUGAACCUGGCUGGGAUAGAGAGAUCCAGGAUGACGUCAUCGAGGAGUGCAACAAACAUGGAGGAGUAGUUCACAUAUAUGUGGACAAGAACUCAACUCAGGGCAAUGUGUAUGUCAAGUGUCCAACUAUCCCUGCUGCCAUGGCCGCCGUGAACGCCCUGCACGGACGCUGGUUUGCAGGGAAAAUGAUCACCGCUGCCUAUGUGCCCCUGCCCACGUACCACAACUUGUUCCCAGACUCAGUAACGGCCACACAGCUGCUGGUAGCCAGUCGCCGGUGAUCCUCAAUGUGCAGAGCCUGUCUGCUCAGCUCGGCAUCACUUUUACAUUUGUACAUACUUUCCGCUGCCAGGGGUUGACAAUGCAGCUCCCUACAAACAGCUCUUUUCUCCAGACGACCACACACACACACACGCACGAGGCUGGGACUGACCCCUAGCAGCACUGAUGUCAGUCGUCUUGUCUGGGCAGUGCCCUGGUUCGGGACUUUGCCAAAGUUUAUGGCAUGUGAUGUGACUAAAAACUGGUUUUAAUGACGUCAAUGUAGUGGUACUGUUUGUCCACAAUGCCCUUUUCAUGACUGGAGUCCUGAACGUGGUUCUUCAGGGAGAGCAAAUCUAUUUGUGAAGGCAUCUGCACUUCUUUAUGAAAAGCAGAGCUUCAUACUUAUCUUUGUUUUUUUGUCUGUGUGCUCUCCGUUGGGCACAAGUGUAUAAUGGGGAAAGCUAAAGAUGUCUGUGCAUUUUGUCAUGCCGAUAGAAAUAGUUGCAGCUUGCCCUCAGUUGUCCUGUACUCGGGUCCUGUACACAAGCAGAUUUCUGUUGGUCUUCUUCGCCACCAAUACCCCUUUUUUUGGGGCGCAGUUUUUGUUUGUGUUGCAUUGGAACAGAAUGUCAAAAGGAAAAUCAUAAGAAGUUAUACAAUUCUUUGCCCAUUUGCGGGUAUCCACAAAUACACAGAAUAUGGAAGGAGUAAUGGAGACAGCAUUUGUAACUUUUUGUAAUCAAGAAUUUUGUUUUCUAAAGAAUGUCUUGAUUAAAGUUGCCUAAAUUAA